AUGGCUCAACAGGAUAGCUAUCAGCAACCCGGGCGCCUUCAGUCGGUAGCUGACGAAGCCUUCGGCCAGGCGGCCCAAGAUGACAAUGAGAGGGAUGAGCUCCGCGGUGUCAUCGACGACUUGACCGUAGAGAACAAAAGAUUGAAGAAGCUUCUCAAAGACUGGCAGUCUCGCCCGGGUCCUUCUUCAUCUGGUUCUGACAGCAUCAUCGAAGUUCGGAUGCAUGGGUUGCCUGCGGAAAAGAAGAGAGAAUUGGAACGACUGCUAAAGACCUUUGCGCAUAGCUUGAAUGGAGAGUCACCGUCACAGCCAGAUACAUUCGCGCCCGUCGAGAAGUCACCGCCCAGCCCGGAGACAAGCCUUCCAACUGGGCAGAAACUCGAACAUAUGAACACGGAUUCCGGAUAUGCCUCCAUCUCCAACUCUGGCUUGAAUUCCUCUUCUGGAACAGCGAAGCUCCAUGAGCCGGUGUCGAAGCGGAAGAAGGACACGGACAUCAAGAAUUAUCUGCACGACAUUCCCGACUCGUUGUUGCCACAGAAUACCACGUCUGUGAGUGACAGCGCAAAGAUGGCUCUGGUGGUACAGAGGUUGGAGCAACUGUUUACUGGAAACACGGCCCAGCCUGGAGAGCAUAGCCUGCCCGUCCAACAGCAGAAGAUUUCUCGUGAUGCCGCGAAGGCGGACCGCGCCGAAGAUCGUCGACAAAACCGGACAGUCAAAGUCGAAGGGUCACGUGAAGCGAAUGUGCUGCCCCCCGACUCCAAGAUCAAUUUCGAUGCCAUGGAACAGGAGCAACAGACAGCAUCCUACAGAUUCGGCGACAAAGAAGCGUCGUCGUCAUCAGGGACUCCAGGGUCGCUAGAGCGCCCUGUGUCGCCCAACCAACGGCCAACACGGCCUUUGGACCUUGAUAUUCAUCGGGCACAGGUUGCUGAAGACAAUCUCAAGUACAUUCAGCACUUGGGUCUUUCGUCAUCCGAAGUGGGACGAAGUCCAGACGGCAGAAAGCAGCCCUGGGUCUACUUAAAUCUGCUCAUCAGCAUGGCUCAACUUCACACGCUCAAUGUGACCCCUGCCUUUGUCCGAAAAGCCAUCAAACAAUUGAGCACUCAGUUUGAGCUUUCCAAAGACGGACACAAGGUACGCUGGAACGGCGACGCAUCGUACGCCUUCUCGCCUAGCUUUGCGAUGAGCCCAGACUCGGUCGGCCGGCGCAUCUCAGAGGACGUACCUGAUGAAGGUGGUCGUCGCAGUGGAAGUGCCACGAGCACGUUGAAUGAACAAUCGUCGACGUCGCACUCAGACGACAAGAAGAUGAGAGGGAAGCCAAGUACCACGACUUCGAAAUUGGUCACGUCGACCACCACGUCGUCAAACGCCGCCAUCAACCAGCCUUCAUCAAUGUCCAAGUCCUCGACUUUUGACUACAAGCCCAUCGUCUUUAAGGGAAAGAAGAAACCGUUGAAACCCAGCAAUUCUUACUUGGACUCUUCAAGCUCUCAUGAAGGCUACUCGCCAGAUUCCAGCGGUCUUACACACGUCUUAAGCCGUUCGAGCCUCAGGUCCAGGGACGAUGCUCGAGACGGACUGAUGACCUUCUAUAGCAACCCCUAUUUCUGCACAGACUUGAGCGGAGAUCGAUCACCCAUUAACAUGCGGUCUUUGGAUUCUGAAGAGGGGCGAGAAGUCUUGGGGUUGGCCAAGGAACGCCAGCCGGAAGACGAGAUCAAACGAGAUGUUAAUGCUUGCUAUUUCACAGCCAGAGUGGACAGGCACUUGAGUAUUUGGCCGGCCAUAUGUCCAUCAAUCAAGAUGGAUCUCCCACCUGUCGACGCGGCUGGAGAAGAUGAAACGCAACCUAUUGAGCUCGAGGCAUCAGGGAUUGGCGGUAUCCGACCAGAAGAUAACUUUGCUCUUGAUGUCAAGGUCGCCAGAUGCAGACUCAGGGGUAGUGAGCGCAAGGACAAAGGAAAGGGAAAGGGAAAGGGAAGAAGAGGUGGCGGCCAAAGGUACUCGUAUCGGACUGAGAAGUGCACCAAGCUCUCUCUUCAACCAUCUCGCCUCCCACCGCCAAGUUACGUCUUCUUCGCUACCAGCUCUAGUUCGAGCGCUGAUAAGGGCCAUUUCUACGGAGAUUCAGAGAGCGAGUCCUCUGUUCAUGAUGAUUCACCUGCUCCUGCCGGAUUACUUUGGCAAUGGUCUUCGACCUCGAAUGAACGACAGCUUCCGGACGACGAUUCGGAAGCCAGCUCGUCCUUUGGUGUACUCGAAGCAGCACGGGCGAGGUUGCGGGAUCCAAGGACUGUAGCACCACAAGAUCGUGACUACAUUCUCGAUCCCUCUGGCAGGACGAUGAGCGGAAGUUUGGCGGCAACUGUGGGUGCGAGCUGGUCUGCAAGAUCAGUCGUCGAACCAGAGACAGCGCUCGAGGAAGGUGACCUAUCGAGUGACAUGAGUGUCGAUGAGGACAGUCAUUGA